AUGGUUCGAGGGACAGUGGAGCACGGGUAUCGCUGCCUUUCUGAUUUUUUGUACAUGAUCAACGCUCUUAAUAUUGGCUCUACCUAUUCCAUCAUGGUAAACAAGGUCGAUUGUAGAUUUAUGUACUACUUUUUAUCAUUGGGCCCUUGCAUUAGGGGAUUUGCACACAUGAGGAAGGUUAUUAUGGUCGACGGCAUUUAUUUAUCCGGCAAGUACGAGAGGGUGCUGCUAAGCGUGGUUGCACAAGAUACGGAGAACCAUAUUUAUCCCAUUGCCUUUUGCAUUGUUGAUAAGGAGAACGAUAUGUCUUGGACGAUUUUCUUUGAGAAACUGAAGUCUAUUGUGGUCGAUGGACCAAAUUUGUGUUUUAUCUUUGAUAGGCAUAAAAGCAUCGCGAAGGCAUACAACCAUGCUCAUCACGGGUACUGCAUGAGGCACCUAGGUGAAAAUCUGCGGGUAAAUUACCACUGCAGAGAAAACUUCUAUCUAUUCUACAAUGUGGCAAAGGCAUAUUCUUCCGAGAAGUUUAGUGACCAUUUUGUGGAAUUCAAGAACUACUGUCCUGAGACAGCCUUUUUCCUCGAGCAUGAGCUUGGUUUUGAAAAAUGGAGCAGGGCAUAUUUCCCCGACAACAGGUUUAACGUGAUGACCAUCAAUAUUACCGAUUCAAUAGACGCUAUGUUGAUUGAUGAAAGGGAGUACCCUGUAGCAUCCAUAUUUAAUUUGAUUGUCAAGAGGUUUGGUGAAAUAUUUAGGGAGAGGCGUGCCUACGUCCUCAAAUGUAAGGAUAACAAAUUUGUUUCUGCCGCCGAAAAGAUCUUAAGAGAUAAUAUGAGCAAGGGCGACUACUUUUAUGUGGAGAAUAUAAGCGAGGACGAAAGACAAUACACUGUGUUUGGAAGUGGCUCUACGGCUAAAGUCGACCUACUGGAAAGGUCUUGUUCGUGCAGGAAGUUUGACCUGGUCAAAAUACCAUGCGAUCAUGCGAUGGUCGCUUUGCGAUCAAAGUACGGUGAUGAUUAUUGUUUGAGUGUCAAUUAUUACUCUUCGCCCCUGUAUAAAGUGGAAGAGUACCUCCUUGCCUAUUCGAAAUCAAUUAAUAUUGUCCCUAUGGAAUCUGAAUGA